AUGAUCAUUACAACAUGGAUUGUGUACAUUCUCGCCCGGAAGGGUUCAGGGUUACCCUUCCCACCAAACACCAGCUCGGACAUUGAAGUUGUGGAAAGCGAGGCAGUGUCUGUGGUACAGCACUGGUUGAAAAAGACAGAAGAAGAGGCUUCCCAGGACAUAAAGGAGAAGAUGUCCAAUAACAAAGGAUCCCCUCCCACCCAUGGCCAAGACAUCCAUGUGACCCGAGACGUGGUGAAGCAUCAAUCCUCAAAGUCUGAUGUGUUAGCAAACCAUAGUCAAGACAUCCUGGAGGAGAGAACAAGAAUCCAGUUCAUUAGAUGGAGCCAUACCCGUAUCUUCCAAGUGCCAAGCGAGGUGAGAGAGGAAGCUAUGCGGGAUCGGAUAGAGCAGGUGAGACGCAGCAUAUCCCACCUAACGGUUGACUCAGCCCAGGAUCCACAUAUCAGACCUCUCUUCUCCGACUGCUAA